GAGUGACCAGAAUGUUCGACGACAUUUAGGUUGGAUUCGUAACGUUACGUACGCCUGUGAUGGUUCGCAAGGACGCUGGCAUGGCGUAACUUUGAAAAUCAUUCGCGUACUUUUGUGGUUUCGCUGCUCUUGAAAAGGCCGCACAAGCCUCCCAACAAUGCAAUCUCUCUCUCUCUCUCUGAUUUUUUAUGGCUUUGACGUCUUCAGGCGUAGCGCUGUGCGAGAAAUUUCAGUGGACUCUGCUUCUGCUUUGAUUCAUUAAGGGACCAAAUGACUAGGAAAAGGGACAGAUUUUGGGAGUAUGCAGAGCAAUUGAGUGGUCGCUUCAGGUGUAAAUUCUGCAGACGUGAUUUCCCCGGUGGAAUUCCAAGGGUUAAGUCGCACUUAGCUUGCGUCCCCGGUCGCGAUGUUGCUACAUGCACCGAGGUUCCUAAGGAUGUCCAGGCUAUAGCUUUUGAAGCAAUUAGCCCUCAUAAUAGGAAAGACAAGAGUCUGUCUCAACCGACCACUUCAACACCACUUGCAGACAUCCAGAUAAUCGACAUGCCAGAAACAUCUACAGAGAAAGGACAGGAUUGCCUAGAUGAGUUGCUUGCAAAACACGUUGUGUUCAAUAACAUUUCUGAAAAUGUCCUUCAGAGUUCGCAUUUUGCGAGUUUCUUGCGUGGGGUUGCAAACUAUGGGCAGAAUUAUGAGUUACCCUCUUAUUCCGUUCUCACCACAAAGUAUAUCCCCAAAUUCAGUAGGGAAGUCGUUCAAUAUGUAAAUAGUGUCAAGAAAUCAUGUGAUUUAACGGGGUGUACGGUAAUUCUAGAUAGUUGGGUUAAUGUUCACGGUAGAGCCUUCCUGAACAUCAUUUUAUAUUCUCUAAAGGGUGCAAUCCUAGUUAAUACCGUUGAACUUUCGAAGAAUGAGUUAACAUAUAGGUCUAUUGUGGAUCAAUUGCAAUUUGUGAUGGAUGAAAUAGUACUUCACAAAGUUGUACAAUUUAUCACUAAUGAUUUGGGUAACCAUGAGCCCCUCCAGAAGACGCUUAUUCAAAGGUAUCCAGGUACCUACAUGACAUUUUGUGCUGCUCACGGCAUUCAGUUGCUUUUCGCAUAUAUCUUUCAAGAGGUUGAAUGGGUUGGAAGGACGACGUGUGAGGUUAAAUUGGUAAAUGAUAAUCUGUACAAGUAUGCCGAGUCUUUGUCCCUAUUAGUGAAAUUUGGAGCCAAAAGGGGAUUGAGAGAUGUUCUUCCUAAUGGUUUAGCCUCAAACUUCAGAAUGCUUCAAUGCAUUCACAAUGCAAAAUCAGAAAUACAACAUUUGGUUACAUCUACUGAAUGGAGACAGUUGAGUCUUGAGGAAGGAACAGCGAGCAAAGUUGUUUCUAUGGUUGAAAGCCCCCAAUUUUGGAGCCAAUGCCAGGAGGUGUUGCAAGUUUUGGAACCACUAUUUGAAGUUUAUUGUUUGUCUCGUAAUACUAAUCCAACAAUUUCAUACUUAUAUGAAGCGAUGGAGAGAGUAAAAGAAUCUCUCAAGAGGCUUUCUGACAAUAAUGAUGGCAAAUAUGAGUGCAUAUGGAAGCUUUAUAAUGGCAUGAGAGCUAAAGUAAUUCAUCCAGUGCAUGCAGCUGCAGCUUUUCUGAAUCCGUCCUACUUUUUAAGUGACAAUUUUUAUGAGAGUAAAGAAAUGAAAGAUGGAAUCGAUUAUGUGCUACAAAAUAUGGUUGCUGAAGAAGAACAAGAAGCUUUCAUGGGGCAGGUCCUACAAUACCGCAAAAGAGAGUCAAACUUGCUCACAUAUGCAGCAAAAACAAUGUCAAAAGCAUCUCAUCCCUAUGAAUGGUGGGAGUAUUGUGGUGAUGGCCUUCCUGUACUUCAAAAGUAUGUUCUUCUGAUUCUAAGCCAACCUUGUAGUUCCUUUUCAUGCUUGGAGUGUCGAAAUGCAUCAGAAACUACCCAAAUCACGAAGUCGAGUGCAUUACCUGUCGGUAAGGUGGAUGACUCUGUGUACCUGAGGGCGAAUACGUUGAUGAUGGACAAGUUUAGAAUGUUGGAGUCAGGACCAAUGAAACCUAUCAAUUUUGCACAUCUUAGAGACAACCAUGAUGAUUAUGUUGAGCUCGAGCAAGACUGGAAAUAUAACUCUGCCAAUACAGUACCAGAGAGUCGCAGUCGAGGUGACAUCGACGGAGCAAGCACAUACUGGUUCCCAGUGCACAAACUACCAGCUCUGAAGGAGAAACCUUUUAAACUUCGUUUCAUGACCAACCUGCCCCCACACUUAUUCACCGAGGCAAAGGUUCAGGGACAUCAAGGAACAGCCAUUCAAGUUGCUUUGCUAAAUCCAGAAACUGGAGAAGUUGUUCAGAGCGGACCAGGAUCAACCGCUAAGCUGAAGAUUGUCGUAUUCGAUGGUGAUGUUGACAAAGUUGAUUGGACAAGGGAACAAUUGGAAAGCCACGUAUUAUCCAAAGGGUGUGAGAAGAGAAAGCCGCUUCUAUCUGGCGACUUGCUAGUGACCCUAGAAGGAGGGAUUGGCACUUUAGGCGAUUUCACUUUUACGCAGGAUUCAAGCUGGACAAAGAGUGGCAAAUAUAGGCUUGGAGUUAAGGUUUCUUGGAGAUGCUCUGAUGCAGUGCAUAUCCAUGGGACCAUAUCCGAGGCUUUCACUGUUGAAGAUAGCCGUGGAGAAUUUGCCAAGAAGCGAGUCCCACUUCUACUAAGUGACUACGUCUGGAGACUGGUUGGAAUAGCGAUGGGUGGACAAGUGCACAAACAAUUGACAGGAGCUGGGAUUGUCACAGUCCGAGAUUUUCUCGCCCUUCUUUCCAGGGAUCAAUUAAGACUGAUAAAUAUCACGGGUGGUGGAAUCUCCAAUGCUAUGUGGAAACAUACUUUGGAGCAUGCCAUGUCAUGUGUCUCCGAUGCCAAGCAAUACGUUUACUAUUGUGAUGAAGGCCGAUGCAAUGCCAUUCUUUUCAACUGGAACUAUGAGCUCAAAGGACUCAUCUGUAAUGGACAAUUCUUAGAUAUGGAAUCACUUUCCAGCGAUCAAAAGAUCUACCUCGAAUCGAUGUCGAAAAUUGCCUACCAGAAUUAUGACCAAAUCUCAGAAUAUUGUGGCAAUAUGUUCGACUUCGAUUCAAUGACCAGUUCAAACAACAUGUCAGCCUUCACCAGUUAUGACACCACCCUAUGCUAUGUUGGUUGCUCUUUUGGCACUCAUCAAAACCUGCAACAAUUUGUUUUCCAUGAAGCGGGGAAUAUCGAGAACUGCCUACAAGCUACAGUUUCUGAUACCAUGAGCUCUAUGUCGAUGGCAGCUCGUUCUGCUUCAAUGACUUCUGAUUUUCCAGUUCAAGGUGAUAUGCUUCUACCAUGGAAUGAACAGCACCUGGAAAAUGUUCUAAUUGGAACUACGAAGAACUGGAAGCCGAGAAAGGCUGCUGUGGAGUGGCUUAAGCUGAAAGCCGCUUUUAGGUGGGCGAUAACCAUACGAAAGAUGGCUGCAACAAGACGGGCCAAGGAGCUGGAAUGCUUAGGCCUAAUAAUACCUUUGAUGUUACAACCUUGAGAGUCUAUACGCCUCGGGAAUUCGUUACAACCUUGGGAGGGAGCCAUGUUUAGUGUACUGAUAUAUACGUACUUUUCUUGUAUCAUCUCAAUCAGAUAAUAUAUAGUCUCUGUCUGGCAUUUUCAGCUACUCAGCACUAUUUUUGGCAUCAUUUCUCUCAAAAAAUCAGGUCGUCAUUAACUUC